AAUAGAGGGGGGGGUGGAGCUAAAGAGCCGAAUCGCUCCCCAAGGCCCGACGCGAAGCCCUCAUCGGGCGAAGUCCGCAGAGGAGAAUCCGGAGGACGAAGGGGAGGAGAGAGAAGGGAGAAUGAGAGGAUUUUGUGGAAAUAAUUUGGAAAAAUAAACGGAAAAAAAUUUGAUUCCCAGUCGAGGCCAGCUUUCAUCACAAUCUUGCUCUUUGGGAGCUAGAAAGAUUGAUUUCAGCGGCUCUUUUGGAAGGGUGUUUGGAUUUGUCAUCUCAAGCUUCAAUCUUGUUUUGGUUCUGGAGAUAUGUUGGAGGGCCAGUCCUGUUUGAUCUCGAGGAUGCUGCCUAGCUCCUGUGAGCAAGAAUCCAAGUGGCUGUAUAUGACCUACCAGCUACUUGAGAUCACAAACAACAAACGCCCACCUAGUGUGGAACCCGGGGAGCAAGAUGAAGAUGUGAAGAGUAAGAGGACAAAGUCGCUGAAUCCCCAAGAUCCUUCCCUUACCGAGGAAACGAAGCCCCCUGUUGAUGAAUCCGAUCGUCAGGGCCAUGGUGGUGGUGGGCAGCCCCCUGUUGAUGAAUCUGAUCGUCCCCAAGAUCCUUCCCUUAUUGAGGAAACGAAGCCCCCUGUUGAUGAAUCCUAUUGUCAGGGCCACGGUGGUGGCGGGAAGCCUCCUGUUGAUGAAUCCGAUCGUCAGGGCCAUGGUGGUGGUGGGCAGCCCCCUGUUGAUGAAUCUGAUCAUCAGGGCCAUGGUGGUGGUGGGCAUUCUGAUUCAAAUUCUCUUAUCAGUGCAAUUGGCCGAGACAACUCUAUAAACUGUCUUCUUCAUUGUUCUCGAUCUGAUUAUGGUGCCCUUGCAUCCCUUAGCCGAAGCUUCCGUUCCCUGAUCCGGAGUGGUGAGCUUUACAAGUUACGGCGGCAGAAUGGGAUCACUGAGCACUGGGUGUACUUCUCCUGCAGUGUCCUUGAGUGGGUAGCAUAUGACCCAUACCGUGAGCGCUGGAUCACCCUCCCAAGGAUGCCCCACAAUGAUUGCUUCAUGUAUGCCGAUAAGGAGUCUCUUGCAGUGGGCACCGAGCUCCUUGUUUUUGGCAAGGAGAUUACUUCUCAUAUAGUACUGAGAUACAGCAUUCUAACAAAUUCUUGGUCUCCUGGUGUAGAGAUGAACUCCCCUAGGUGCUUAUUUGGAUCUGCUAGCCUUGGGGAGAAGGCUAUUGUAGCUGGUGGUACUGAUGCUCAAGGUACUAUAUUGAACUCUGCAGAGCUCUAUAAUUCUGAAACACAAAAGUGGGAAACUCUUCCGAGCAUGAAUAAGCCGAGGAAGAUGUGUUCAGGUGUCUUUAUGGAUGAUAAAUUCUAUGUGAUUGGAGGCAUGGCGAGCAACAUGGAGUUGCUAACGUGUGGAGAGGAGUAUGAUUUGGAGAAAGGCACCUGGAGGGUCAUCCCAAACAUGUCCUCAGGGCUCAAUGGUGUGGCAGGUGCACCUCCACUCGUGGCGGUUGUUAAUAAUGAACUGUAUGCUGCAGAUUAUGGAGAAAAGGAGGUGAGAAAAUAUGAUAAGGAGAAUAACUCUUGGGUUACUCUUGGUAGAUUGCCUGAGAGGCCAGAUUCAAUGAAUGGAUGGGGGCUUGCAUUUCGGGCAUGCGGUGAACGACUCAUAGUCAUUGGAGGAGCAAGGGCAAUGGGAGGAGGGACCAUUGAGCUAAAUUCUUGGAUACCAAAAGAGGGCCCACCAGAAUGGAACCUCAUUGCAAGCAGACAUUUAGGAAGCUUUGUGUAUAAUUGUGCUGUGAUGGGCUGCUGAUUUAUUCUGAUGCCUUAUGUACUGCACAUCUCCUUCCCUGGUGGAAGGAUGUGCAAAAUUGGUUUAUUGGAGGGCAUAAAAUACUGAUUCUGCCUAAUGGGUAAUCUCUGCCUUUUAGAAUUUCUGAAUUUACUCAAGAUUCAAUAGAACAGUCUCUUCUAUGUAACUCCAGAGCUUUGUCUAUUUGUUCUUUUUUCCAGUUUUACCAUCAUUUCAUUUGCAAUAGAAGAAUUUAAAACUUCUGCCAUUUUCUGUUAAGCAUGGGAAAUCUCGGUGGUAUGGGAUCAUGCAGUACAGUGAAGCAUUAAUAAUUUCUUGUAUCAAACUUUCCUAAACUGCCUUUCUUGUUCAAGUUUGUUAGUUUCAUUGUACCUUCAUGUGAUUUCAUUAUGGCUUCCUUUGCUUGAGGAAAAUAAAAUUGGUGUCAGGUUUC